AUGGCCUCAACCGGGCUUCAAGCCCUCAUUCUGUGUGGGCCUGGCUCGUCAUUCCCAACCUUCACCUCGAACCCAGAUGAGAACCCAAAGGCUCUGCUACCCAUUGCCAACCGCCCUAUGGUGUGGUACCCUAUCGACUUUUGUCUCCGUACCGGCAUCACAAGCAUAACUCUCAUCUGUCCCCCAUCAGCCUCAAAGGCAUUGACAGCUGCUCUCAACACCAAUCCCUAUCUCACAGCUUUGCCUCUGCCACGGCCAGAUGUCUUGGCUCCCGCAGAUCUAGACCAAAACACGGGCACCGCUGAGAUAUUACGGCUACCUGAGGUUAGAGAGCUAGUAACAGGAGACUUUGUCGUUUUGCCAUGCGAUCUCGUCUGCGAACUGGCUGGUGAGCAGCUGCUCCAGGCCUGGAUGGUGAAAUCUGCCAGCCUUACGGGUCUCCUCGGCGCAAAACAGUUGUCAAACGGCCAUCAGACUCGAUACAGCGGCGGUCUCGGUGUGUGGUACAACACAAAAGCCAGUGCGCCUGUCAAGGGCGAGGAGACGGACUUCAUUGCUACAGCUCCUUUGCCGACUUCUCCCUCAGUUCCUCCCAAAGGGUCCAUCUUCCCCAAUGUGUCAAAACUGGUAUACUCCAUGCCCACAGAUUCAUUCAACGAUCUUACAGAGGAGAGGAAGGCCAUUCCCAUACGGCACGGACUGGUCAAGGCCAACCCCCGAGUUCGCAUGUACACAACUCACAGAGACGCACACAUUUACAUCUUUCCCCGGUGGAUCCUCGACUUCAUCAAGAAGAAUGAGCGUCUGGAGAGCAUCGGCGAAGAUGUCGUGGGGUGGUGGGCCAAGGCGGGAUGGCAAUCUGGAUUGGCCGAGAAGCUCUCCUUUAGUGAGGUCUGCCGCGCUGGUGACGACGACAGCGAUGAAAAUGAGUCUGAGCUGGAAGGCAGGUCAUCACCGGCCGAAUCCGCUCCCGGCAACCAGGAAAACUCGAGACAAUCCAUCUCAUCAAUCAACAUUGCCGCGGAUGGUCAGUAUACGGGCGACAAGAAUGGCUCCGCCUCGGCGGCAUCAAAAUUCGAACCCCCGUCUAUCUUGGCCUACAUUCAUUCACAAAAGGACCAAGUCCCUGGUUCAAUAGUGCGACGUGUCGACACAGCACAGCUACUGCUUGCCAUUUCUCUUCAACUAGCUAAGCUUCCCUCCAUCGAAGAGGAUGCCGAGAAUCCCUCUCCAUAUGCUCACCCAAAGAAAGUCGCGUAUCCCGAAGGCGUGAAGCCCCGCACCACCAUCACCAAGCAGGACAGCUUGAUUGCAGAAAACGUCACAGUUGAAGAAAAGACAUCCAUCAAGGAGACUGUCAUUGGCGCCGGCUGCCAGAUCAACGAAGGAGCCAAGCUGUCUCAGUGUCUUCUCAUGGAGGGCGUAGUUGUUGGAAAAGGAUGCAAGCUCACAAGAUGUAUCCUGGGCAAACGGUGUAUCGUCGGAGCGGGCUCCGUCCUCACGGACUGUGAGGUGCAGGAGAACCUCAUUGUUGAGCCUCGCACCGAGGACAAGGAUAACAAGCUCAUGAGCUCCGAAGGUCUAGAGGCGACCGAGGCGGAAAUGGAAGAGGUCCUGCACGAUAUGGAUGCAGAAGUCGCCGCUACGGGAGAGGAUGUAAACAUGGAAUAA